AUGUCAAGCCCAGCUAAAAAGCGCAAACGAAAUGACGCUGAAUCCUCGCCGCAGCAGAUGCGAAGUAUUGAAUCGUUCUUCAAGGGGCAAGCUACCAAGAAGGCACAGCAGGCUGAGCCGGAGCCGGAGGUGACUGAAGGGACCUUAGCGGAUGAAGCUUUGGCACGAAAGCUUCAGGCAGAAUGGGAUAAAGAAGAAAUCGCACAACCUGCGAAUACAGACAAUAACCACGCUGUCGCAGCAAAGCCUGGAGUAAGUCCGGCUCCAUCGGCGCCUACAAUACCGUUUGAUGCGAUUCCGGCGACUCCAACGACACCUAAGAAGAAUACGCUGUCUUUACAAUCCUCUGCUGGUACAGAGGAUACUGUGUCACUUGCAGUGCCCUUUGAUCAGAGCCCGCAGACCUUUGACGCCGGCAAAUAUGCCGCUGAGUUACGGUCGCAUUGGGCCAUUGAGGGCGGCGAUGCUUCCUACGCGCUUCUCACAAGGGCAUUCGUGCUUGCCAAUGCGACCACAAGCAGGAUCAAAAUUGUUGAUACGUUGGUCAAUUUCCUCCGCGUUUUGAUCGAAGGGGACCCGUCCAGCUUGCUUCCUGCGGUGUGGUUAGCAACCAACUCCAUCUCGCCGCCUUACGAGGAGAUAGAGCUUGGACUAGGAGGCUCUUCCAUCUCCAAGGCCCUAAAGAAAAUAUACGGCCUUGAUAAUCAAGGCCUCAAGUCUCUCUACAAUAAACAUGGCGAUGCGGGCGAUGUCGCGUUUGAGGCAAAGAAACGACAGGCCUUUACCUUGGCCAAGCCGAAGCCACUCAAGAUCAAGGGCGUGUACCGGUCACUACUGAAGAUCGCUACUAGCAAAGGAUCUGGUAGCCAAGAGACAAAACAAAGAAUAGUCGAGAAACUCCUGCAGGAUACUCGAGGUGCGGAGGAGAGCCGAUAUAUUGUGAGGACUCUAGUCCAGAACCUGCGAAUCGGCGCCGUCAAAACUACCAUGCUCAUUGCUCUUGCUCGCGCAUUCCUUCACUCCAAGCCCGAUGGCGCCGAGUUCACGAUCCGGUCGCAACAUGAGAUUGCACGCUUAAAAAAGACGAGCUCGCCGAAAUCUACACCAAUGCGGAAGAACUGGUCAAAGCAUCUUAUGCAAGGCACCCAAACUACAACGAUCUUGUGCCAUGUCUUUUGGAGAUUGGCGUGA